AUGAGACAACGGCUUUCCAAAUCCACCAAUUCCAUAUUGGAGAAGUUGAAGAGGCGAAACCCGGUGCCAAAUGGCGGAACUUCUUUUUCCCCUACGGCCAAAGGUACUGAUGUUUCUUUACCCUCCACGUCACCAGCCUCGGCACCACAGUCUGUUCAAUCGCAGUCUGUAUCCAACGCAGCUGUUUCUAUCGUACGCACUGACGGUGACGUAUGGGCUCUCGCGUUCAAGAUGGCCCAGGAGAGGGAGGGCAAGCUAAUGCUUGCCUAUGAGGAGUAUCUAUCCUCUCUACAAAGUGACAAUGCAGCCAGUGGAGAUCUCUCAAUCCCCGACUUCAUUACUUCUAUUGUAAACAGGGCGAUAGAGGAAAGAGAGAAGAAGAAGUGGCGCUUCUCGCUCCUUGGCACAUCUAUCGAGGUUAGAGCACAAGCUGAGAGGCUAACAAAAUUCCUCCUGUGGUCUGAUCCGAUCAUUAAAGCUACUGUGAGCAAUCAGCCAUACGCAGCACUAGCAUGGUCUGGCGUUUCAUUGCUUCUUCCACUUGUCACCAGCGGCACCACACAAAAUGAAGCUAUGCUAAAGGGUUUUAACUCCAUUGGCGAUCUACAAAUGUAUUGGCGAAUCUGCGAAAACACCGGUUCUCCAUCUAUCUAUGAUUCAUCUCCACAGCCUUUUAUCGAAUCUUUAGGCAAAUUAUAUUCCUUCUUUAUUGAAUACCAGGCUCGAGUCAUAUGCCACCUCGCUAAAAGUCAGCUUUCCCGAGCAUGGAGUGAUAUAACCAGCCCUGGAGAAUGGGACGAGAAGAUACAGGAAAUUCACCAACUUAACAACAAAUGCCGCGAUAUUCUCCAUCUUGUCAAUGCAAAUCAGAUUGAGAGAAACUGGAAAGAGCAACUACUUGAGAUGCAAGAGUCGCGGAUUUUUCUCGAUAAGAUAUACAAUACUCUCCUAGAAAGCGGAAUAGAGAACCAGAAGAACUACGAGGAACGGACAGAGAGAGAGCUCCUUCAAACUCUCGCAUCCGACUAUCAAGGCUACAAAGACUUCAAUCCACAGAAGGUCAAAGGUACAUGUGAAUGGUUUUUUGCGGAUGAGAGAUUUCGCAACUGGCGCGAUAGCAAUGCUUCCAGUCUUCUUUGGGUCUCAGCGGGCCCAGGGUGUGGAAAAUCUGUCUUGUCGCGGGCGCUGAUCGAUGAGCGACGACUAUCUACCAAUGUCACCACAUCUACCGUCUGUUAUUUCUUUUUCAAGGAUGGUGAUGAAGGCCGAAUGUACGCUCAUAAUGCUCUUUGUGCAGUAAUUCACCAGCUUUUUACGCAAGAUUCCACUGGCAAAUUGAUUGCACAAGCUCUCGCCGCUCAUAAAAGCUUUGGUGAAAAACUGGCCCAGAGUUUUUCAGAGCUAUGGGAGAUUUUAAUACGGUGUUCCAACUCAUUGAAGUUUGGUGAAAUCAUUUGUGUUAUCGAUGCCUUAGACGAAUGCAAUGUUGACAGCAGAAAGAGCUUUAUCGAAAAGCUCAAGGAAUUUUAUCGGCGUCCCUCUGAGCUAUUACGUUCAAAGCUCAAGUUUCUUAUCACCAGUCGUCCAUAUGAUGAUAUAGAGGUGUCUUUCAAAUAUCUCUCUGGUGUUGCUGGGUAUCUACGAUUCGAUGGUGACGACAAAUCUGGGGAUAUCGGCGAUGAGAUCAAUUUAGUCAUCGAUGACAGAGUAAACGAAAUUGCAGAAGACUUUAAAGAGGAGGAUCGCCGAUUAAUUUCAGAUAAGCUUAAGAGCAUGGAACACCGCACAUAUCUCUGGCUACACCUCACACUUGACAUUAUUAAGAAAAGUCCAAGCGAAUACGGCAGGCGCAUUGAUGUCGAGGUUCUUCUUUCUAGCCUACCGACGGAGGUAUCCGAAGCUUAUGAAAAGAUCCUGGAUAAAAGCAAAAGGCAAGAUUAUACGGAAGCUCUCCUUCAGAUCCUUCUAGCUGCAACACGCCCUCUGACUUUGGAUGAGGCCAACUUCGCCCUGACAGUGGCCACAAAGGAGCAAGGGUUUGACUCUCAUGCGGCUUUGGAAAAUGAUCUUUGGCCAUCAAAUAAAUUCAAGGAUGACGUGAAAAACCUAUGCGGUCUCUUUGUUACUGUUCAUGAUGGAAAAUUAUCUUUCAUACAUCAAACAGCCAGAGAGUUUCUUACCCAUGCUAAACAAGGAGGGAACUGGAAAGGGAAGUUCAACAACGAGCCAAAACUUCACAGCAGGGUAUCGUUAAUUUGCAUACGAUAUUUACUCUUGCUGGACGUUGCAACUGUCUCCAUACAACGACAAAAUGAUUCGCCUUAUCGGUUUCUUUUAUACGCCGCCAACUCUUGGGCUCUUCAUUAUGCCUCGCAGGAAGCUACUGACACUUAUUUGUACCGGAAGGAUGCGCUCACGCUGUGUUGUAUAGACCACGUUUGGAAAGACAUAGUAUACGUCCCUCGUCGGGAUUUCUCAGGUCUAGAGUGGGCCAGCUAUUUUGGUCUACAACAAAUUGUCCAAGAUAUCCUGCUAGAGAAGGCGGAUGCCCGACACAAUUUAGAAGCGGCGCUAAAGUUAGCAUCAGAGAAAGGUCACAAAGAGAUCGUUCAGAUGCUUCUAGAGAGCGGCGCUGCCAUUAAUGCAAAGAGAAUAUAUUAUGGAGAAGAAACAGCGCUACAUAUAGCAUCAGAAAAGGGCCAUAAAGAGAUUGUCCAGAUGCUUCUAGAGAAUGGCAUUAAUGUUAAUGCAACGACAUACUCUAGGAAAACAGCGCUAAAUAUAGCAUCAGAAAAAGGUCAUAAAGAAAUUAUCCAGAUGCUUCUAAAAUAUGGCAUUGAUGUUAAUGCAGCGACAAUCUCUAGGGAAACGGCGCUACGGACAGCAUCAAAAAAUGGUUACAAAGAGAUUGUCCAGAUGCUUCUAGAGAAUGGCGCCGAUAUUAAUGAAAAGGGAGACUAUUAUGGAAAAACGGCGCUACAUAUAGCAUCAGAAAAUGGUUACAAAGAGAUUGUCCAGAUUCUUCUAGAGAAUGGCGCCGAUGUUAAUGAAAGGGGAGGCGCCGUUGGAGACACGGCGCUAUUUGCAGCAUCAGAAAGAGAUUACAAAGAGAUCGUCCAGAUGCUUCUAGAGAAUGGCGCUGAUGUUCAUACAAAGAGAGGCAUUGAUGGAAUGAUGGUGCUAGGGGUAGCAUCACGAUUUGGUCACAAAGAGAUUGUCCAGAUGCUUCUAGAGAGUGGCGCUGACAUUAAUGAAAAGAGAAGCCAUUAUAGGGAUACGGCGCUACAUGGCGCAUCAGAAAAGGGUCAUAAAGAGAUUGUCCAGAUGUUGCAAGAAUGGGAAGCGAAAUAA